CUCAGUAUUUUUUCCUCUUCUUUUUGUUUUGAUACUUUGAUACUAAAUGUAGGCCAGGCUGGCCUCAAAUUUAACAACCCUUCUGCUUCAGCCUCCUGAAAAAUGGGAUGAUGGGUUCUAAUCAACAGUCUGUGAGUUCCAUGGUUAGGACACCCUGUGCAAGUUCUCUUAGAUCUUUGAUAAUGACCAAUGUCUGUCUGAGGCUUUCAAGGGACAUAGGGCUCUGAACUCUAAAAACCAUGCUUAUUUGAUGGGGGCUGGAAAUACUGGAUCCAGAGCACCAAGGAGGCUGGGGGGGGGAUGUUCUGGAUAGACAAAGGACAGUUUGGGUUCAUAUUACAUUUCUCAGGUCUCUGUAUAGAGGGGCCAAUUAGGUGCUAUGCAUAUACUAUGCAUGCGGGGCUUGGAACUGGCAAGAUGGAGCAGGAAGGAAGUAUUGAGCAGCUGAACGAAGGGCCUGGGAUGAAGGUCUUAGAUAAUCUCUUCCCGAGGAGUCUCCCCAUUUCCUUUCAGAAGCCCCAUUUGAUGCCCAAGCCCGCAAUGCUUAACAGACAAGAUGGAGGAGUGUUCUGUCCUACUGAUACCCUGCGGCUCAGAGACACAGUGACAGCUGCCCGUGAUCACACAGCAAUAAUGGCUUAUCAACAUUUGUUGAGGACCUGCUGUGUCCGGACGGCUCCAUGCUGCUCCAGACCCAAGGUGGCGGCUGUCAUUGUGGGGACACUGCUGCUCCUGACAGGCAUUGGGGCUGCGUCCUGGGCCAUUGUGACCAUCCUCCUCCGGAGUGACCAGGAGCCGCUGUACCCAGUGCAGGUCAGCCCCGGGGACUCGCGACUUGCGGUGUUUGACAAGACGGAGGGGACGUGGAGGCUGCUGUGUUCCUCACGCUCCAACGCCAGGGUGGCAGGGCUCGGCUGUGAGGAGAUGGGCUUCCUCAGGGCCCUGGCGCACUCAGAGUUGGAUGUGCGAACCGCGGGCGCCAACGGUACAUCGGGCUUCUUCUGUGUGGACGAGGGCGGCCUGCCGAUGGCUCAGAGGUUGCUGGAUGUCAUCUCUGUGUGCGACUGCCCUAGAGGCCGAUUUGUGACUGUCGUCUGUCAAGACUGUGGCCGCAGAAAACUGCCAGUGGAUCGCAUUGUGGGGGGCCAGGACAGCAGCCUGGGAAGGUGGCCAUGGCAGGUCAGCCUGCGUUAUGAUGGGGCCCACCUCUGUGGGGGAUCCCUGCUGUCCGGGGACUGGGUGCUGACAGCUGCACAUUGCUUUCCAGAGCGCAACCGGGUCCUAUCUCGAUGGCGAGUGUUUGCUGGCGCUGUGGCCCGGACUUCGCCCCAUGGCGUGCAGCUGGGGGUUAAGGCUGUGAUCUAUCAUGGGGGCUACCUUCCCUUUCGAGACCCUACCAUUGAGGAGAACAGCAACGACAUCGCUCUGGUCCACCUCUCCAGUCCCCUGCCUCUCACCGAAUACAUUCAGCCUGUGUGUCUCCCCGCUGCGGGACAGGCCCUGGUGGAUGGCAAGGUCUGUACUGUGACCGGCUGGGGCAACACACAGUUCUACGGCCAGCAGGCUGUGGUGCUCCAAGAGGCCCGGGUCCCCAUCAUAAGCAGCGAGGUCUGCAACAGCCCUGACUUCUACGGGAAUCAGAUCAAACCCAAGAUGUUCUGCGCCGGUUAUCCCGAGGGUGGCAUUGAUGCUUGCCAGGGUGACAGUGGCGGCCCAUUCGUAUGUGAGGACAGCAUCUCAGGGACAUCAAGAUGGCGGCUCUGUGGCAUUGUAAGCUGGGGUACGGGCUGUGCUUUGGCCCAGAAGCCAGGAGUGUACACCAAAGUCAUUGACUUCCGAGAGUGGAUCUUCAAGGCCAUAAAGACUCACUCCGAAGCCAGCGGCAUGGUGACUCAGCCCUGACCCAGCCUCAUCUCGCUGCUUGCGCCUCCAGAGCCGGCAUUGGUCUGACGCUCCAGACCGGCAUGGUAGGCUCCACACUGGGCCUCACACGGAACAGUUUUCCUCAUGGACCCAGUCCACAGGUCCGAGGACUCUCUUCCACAGUGGCCGGCCCACUCAGCCUUGGGGCCACUCGGCCUCAACCUCCCCACCCCAUGUAUAUAUUACUCUCUCCUCGGGGGACUGCUUUCCAGGUGCCCCUGUGGGAAUACUCUUUAAAUAAUAAAUGUGGUUUUGAUUAA